AUGGAAACGUGUUAUUUGAGUCACGUAGUUCUAGCGCGUCUUUUUUUUGUGGUCCUCUUGUUCGUUCUGAGACCCCUCAAUGCGUGGACGUACACUUCCAGCAGCAACGAUAUGGAUAGGACACUGGUGACGGGGGGAUACUUUUCUCCCAGCGUCACGAACUCAGAAGAAAUAACUGCAUUACCAAAAUACUUGUUUACUACUCCGGGAACUUCUACAGACUUUAGGGAGGCAUCAUCACCAUCAACUGGAACAGAACUCCACCACCGAGUCAGGCAUUCUGAUGAGAGUGAGACCCGGAUGUUGAGUGAAGCUAAAUUAGGUAAGGGGUAGUAGGAUAGGCCCCUACAGACAUAUGGAAGAGAGAACAUCCCCUGGGAUUCGCAAACGGGGCAAUAGUUCUACACACUGUCCCAUCCCUUUAUGUGGCACGGAUCGCCCGCGGUGACAAUAUUUAAAGUAUCGGUGUUUUUUUGGGGGGAGAUAGAGACUAUUUAAACGUGAUUUAAUCAUUGUAUGUAAAACUAAACUAUAACGGACUGUUUAUACACACCGGGGUCCAUUUAGACUAAAUAAAAUAACAGCAUUGAGGUUGAAAAUCCCAGAACAAAAUAAGAUUCAACAUUUCUGGAUACAUUUAAAAUAUGAAUACAAUCUUUGCGUAAUUUGCUGGCACAGUCGAAAACUAACAAUUCUGUAACUAAAUGAGUAGGCUAGAUGAGGCCCUAUCUGUGGGCAAUAAGAGUUGUAUUUAGUUUUCCCACACUGACAGACACACUUCUAUGCUUCUAACCAUUGUUUCACCCUCCUGUUUGAUGGUUUUGAUAAAUUACUAUCUUACAGUCGAAAACCAUCAUAAGAUUGCAACACCAGUGUUACACUAGUGUCUACACCCGAUGUUAUAAGGAAAUUGGAAAUUCACCCUAAGUGCAGCCAUCAUCUUAAAGAACAUCAACUGGACCAUGGACCCUGCUAUUCACCUAUAGCCUUAUGGAAAUUUGACGUAGCCUAAUCUAAGCCAUAAUAAGGUCUUCUAAUAAUAUAUACUGAACAAAGAUAUAAACGCAACAUGGAACAACUUCAAUGAUUUUACUUGGUUACAGUUCAUAUAAGGGAAUCAGUCAAUUGAAAUAAAUAAAUUAGACCCUAAUCUAUCGAUUUCACAUGAGUGGGCAGGGGCGUAGCCAUGGGUGGGCCUGGGAAGGCAUAGGCCCACCCACUUGGGAGCCAGGCCCAGCCAAUCAGAAUGAGUAUUUCCCCACAAAAGGGCUUUAUUACAGACAGAAAUACUCCUCAGUUUCAUCAGCUGUCUGGGUGGCUGGUCUCAGACGAUCCCGCAGAUGAAGAAGCCGGAUGUGGAGGUCCUGGGCUGGCGUGGUAACAUGUGGUCUGCGGAUAUGAGGUCGGUUUGUACGUACUGCCAAAUUCUAUGGUAGAGAAAUUAACAUUCAAUUCUCUGGCAACAGCUCUGGUGGACAUUUCUGCAGUCAGCAUGCCAAUUGCAUGCUCCCUCAACUUGUGACAUCUGUGGCAGUGUGUUGUGUGACAAAACUGCACAUUUUAGUGUGGCCUUUUAUUGUCCCCCAGCACAAGGUGCACCUGUGUAAUGAUCAUGCUGUUUAAUCAGCUUCUUGAUAUGCCACACCUGUCAGGUGGAUGGAUUAUCUUGGCAAAGGAGAAAUGCAAACUAACAGGGAUGUAAACAAAUUUGUGCACACAUUUUGAGAGAAAUAAGCUUUUUGUGCAUAUGGAACAUUUCUGGAAUCUUUUAUUUCAGCUCAUGAAACAUGGGACCAACACUUUACAUGUUGCGUUUAAUGUUUUUUCAGUAUAAUUCAUCAUAGUGAUCAUUUGAGCCAAUAUACUAAAAUGUGCUUGGCAGUUUAUAGCCUAUAGUAGAUUAGAGUAAUACACCCUGUACUGAACAACUUCUAAGGUUUACCUUUCAAACCAAUUCAUGUCUUUGUUGACUCUUUUUUCAGCACUCAGCCAGAGUUUUAGAAGUGUUGUUACCUCCAUAAAUUCGUAUGAGGUAUUGUCAGUGAGUAAGUGUCGAGAAAGUGUUGACUCUUUCCGGUAAUUAUUUGCGCAGAGUUCAUUAGAGAGUAGAGUUAUUAUAGCCUCCUUGUAAGCAUAGGUUACUACGGCCACUGCCAAGAGGUCUGAACCUUCAUGGCACAGGGGUCAGUGUGCUUGGCUGUUAACUGCAGGUGCUCUGGUUCAAGCCCCGUUUUCCCUUCUCAAUCACUACAUCGGUGGCAACAGCUGUCUCUCAAGCCUUUACUGGAAGUGUGCCUCAAUCUGCACAGGGGUCAAGGUCCGCUUCUUGAGAAGGUGAAUAGUAUAAUGUCUCUGUAUAUAAGCGUAACAGUUCUGCCCCGAGCAGGGCUCGAACCAGCGAUCUUCUGCACAACAACACACACUACCCAACUCAAAGCCAAUGGUCUUAGCCAGCAGAGGUUGGCUUUAGAGCUUAGGGAAGUUGUGAAUUUAUUUACAGAUGUACUCCAGCCAACAUGCUUUGGGGCGACUUUCACAUCUACUAUAUAUGCGCGCUACAGUCUCUGUCAAAAGGUCUGAGUCUGGACAUUUAUGGAACAGCCAGGAGACAGCGUGCCUGCCCUGAAACCGCACGGUUGACUUAUCGCUGGUUAAAGUCUAGUUCUGAGCUCAACGUUAGCUAGCCACACUAACGCUCUGGACCAGAGCUAGUUCAAGCCAAGGUUCAUAAUUAAAUGGCUAUUUGAAUUAAAUUACAGGGCAGACCUUAUGUUAUAACAGUUUCCCAAUUAGGCCUACCACAAUAGCUUAAACGUUACCAUGGUAGCCCUAAUCUCAGGUUGUAUUGUAAGUGGACUGUCCCUUCAAUCAUUUGAGGAUCUCCACCAGUCAAGGAAUGGAACAGAACAUAUCUGUGUCCCAAAUGGCACCUUAUUCCCUAUAUAGUGCGCUACUUUUGACCAGAGCCUGGGCCCUGGUCAAAAGUAGUGCAAUAUACUAUGGGGAAUAGGGUGUAAUUUGGGACAGAACCCAUUGCAUCAUUGUCAUGAACUGGGAGCCACACAAGUGGUGGUGCUGGUUUAGAAGGAAUAAAGUAAACACACAAGCUAACUCAUUGGGCCUGCCAGCACCAAUAGUGAUGCUUCCAGUCUGCUUCUGAUUACAGUGUACUGAAUGUAGGGCUAAGACCAGAGAGCUUUAGUUUAGAGGCAAAUGGCCUAAUUCUCUAUGUGCACCCCAAAUGACACCAUAUUCCAUAUAUAGUGCACUACUUUUGACCAGGGCCCAUACAGUUCUGGCCAAAAGUAGUGCACUAUAUAGGGAAUAGGGUGCCAUUUGGGAUGCAGCCUAGGUCUCUCUCUGUGGACUGACUAUACCAUUGCUGAACUCUUCUUCCCUCUAUCUGCGUACUGACUGUCUGACAGUUUGACUGUCUGAGUGUGUCGUUGCUAUGUGUUACAUUCAGGAUGUUAUCCAGCACAGACAGCGCUCUUCCUUGGCACUGGCAGUAGGAUAUUGUUCCAAAACCCUCCAGCAGCAUUGUUGAGUCAGUGCAGAAGUGCCAGGCUCAGGCCUUCCCUAUAGACAGGCAGACAUACAAGCAGGAAGACAGACAGACAGACAGACAGAGAGGCAGGCAGGCUGUCAACAGGCUGCCGCAGAGUAGAUUGGCAGAGAUUUCAGGCCCCAGACCAACUAUAAACCCAGGUUUAGGCCGAGGUGGAGUUUGUAGGCCCUAGUAGUAGUGGUGAAACGGACAGGAACACUCCUCACCCGGGGUGUCUGUUCUCAUACCAUGAAAUAGCCUACAUGUGGUGUCUGCAUGUGUAGGCCUAGAACUGCCAUAUCUUAGUAGUAGGAGGCCUAGUCAUAGGUAGGUAUCUGUAUCUUUACAAACAGAAACGUCAUUGGCAAAACAAUUAAGCAAUGGACUUACCAAUGAUAUGUCAGAUUUAUAUGACUUUAAUGAGAUAUGAACUGUUUUCAAAAAGCUUAUACAAACUAUGAGCCAGAGAGCCAACUCUGCCUCAAUAUGAAUCCAACCGAUGUCUGCAGUGUGACUGUAUUUUAACGUCUAUGGCUUCUGCUAGAUCAGGUUUAGGAAGGAAAUGGCAAGGUCCCAAAGGCCUGAGUGCACCUCCAUAUUUAGGGCCCAGGCUUUUGACAGGGUAGACAGGCCUGGCUGCAAAUUGUUCUCCACCCAAAAUCAUUACAUCCGCAGGCAGCAACUCCUGACAACGUCUUCCCUUUCAGUGUUCGAAGCCAGACAAGACCACUCUGGGCCCAUCUGUUGGCCUGAUGUGCACAUUGCAGACAUUAAAGUUUUUGUUUUGGGUGUCUUUCUCCCCAACUCUUUAUGUAGGCCUAUGUGACACAUUGCUUUUCUUGAAUACAGAAAACUCAUACCUAUCAUCCUUUUUAAACUGUAUUUUUUUUAUUUUUCACAGCCACUGAACAAAACACACAUCUCUCCACGGACUCAACCCACGGGACAUCAGAAGGAACCGUUAGUUUGUCGAAAGAGCAGAUGAGCUCUACCAUUGUAGUGUCGACAGAGGCUACCACACAGUGGGAGGACCAGACCAGACUAACACCAGACCACCUACCAGAGACCUACCCUGGGCUCCCAGUAGAGCUCAGGUCUGUGUCUGUGACUCAAGCCAGACUGCCUCAGGACAGUCCUGAUGCUGACAGCAGUCUCAGGCAGGACCAGUCGACAAACCGAGGCACUGUGGGUCUCAGAGAGAACCAGUCGACAAACCGAGGCAGCGUGGGUCUCAGAGAGAACCAGUCCACAAACCGAGGCACCGUGGGUCUCAGAGAGGACCAGUCCACAAACCGAGUCACCGUGGAUCUCAGAGAGAACCAGUCCACAAACCGAGGCAGCGUGGGUCUCAGAGAGGACCAGUCCACUAACCGAGGCAGCGUGGGUCUCAGAGAGGACCAGUCCACUAACCGAGGCACCGUGGGUCUCAGAGAGAACCAGUCCACAAACCGAGGCAGCGUGGGUCUCAGAGAGGACCAGUCCACUAACCGAGGCAGCGUGGGUCUCAGAGAGGACCAGUCCACUAACCGAGGCACCGUGGGUCUCAGAGAGAACCAGUCCACAAACCGAGGCACCGUGGGUCUCAGAGAGGACCAGUCCACUAACCGAGGAACCGUGGGUCUCAGAGAGGACCAGUCCACUAACCGAGGCACCGUGGGUCUCAGAGAGAACCAGUCCACAAACCGAGGCAGCGUGGGUCUCAGAGAGGACCAGUCCACUAACCGAGGCACCGUGGGUCUCAGAGAGGACCAGUCCACUAACCGAGGCACCGUGGGUCUCAGAGAGGACCAGUCCACUAACCGAGGCACCGUGGGUCUCAGAGAGGACCAGUCCACAAACCGAGGCACCGUGGGUCUCAGGCAAGGGCAGUCAACAGCCACUCUCAGACAGGACCAGUUGACAGACCUAGGAACCGUGGCUCUCCCCAUCCCCGUCCAAACUGACAGCACCUACAUCUCCUCCACUAUGAGUCGAGCGGGAGAGAGGACCUUAAUGUCUGUGACCUCCAACAGCACCUCCAUGUACUCUGAGAACUCCAACUCCUCCUCCCAGUCCCAGGCCUCCACCUGGGACCUCCCGACCAGCCGCACCGGAGCCGGGGCUGGGGACGUCACCAUCAGGAUACCCUUCACAGGACCUGAGCAUGGGCAUGAUGCUACGUCUGGGUCUGACUCCUACCCCCACACCAACACCAACUCCUCACAGAGUAAACAGCCCUCUGAAACUCCCUCUCUGUGUAUAUGUAUGUCUGUGUAUAUAUAUGUACCGUACGUGUAUGCCUACUGGGGAGAAUGGGAUAUGCAAAAGAAAGUCUAAUUUCCAUUUCUCAUGUAGAAAAUUGACAAAUAAAGUAAUCUCUUCUUCUUCUUCUUCUAAACAGAGUGGUCUGGUGGUUUAUCCUCCAGAGGGACCAACCCACUGACUGGACCUCCCAAUGUGACCCAACAGCAGGACCUCACCUCUCUGGUUUCAGAGGGAACCCCCAACUCCACCCCUCCACUCAGGGUGGUUGAUAACCACAGCAGACGGGACACAGACACAACAGACUCUAUUCAGCCCUUCAGAGGCAGGACAUCCCAGACAGAAGAGGGGGUCUCUGCUUCAUCACAGCCCCCUGUGCUGUCGUCAGAAGAAGGCCCCAGCCAUCCCAGCACCAACACCUCUCAGGGAGGACAUACAGAUAGAGAUUCUCCCUCCAUCCUGGUCACCGGGUCUGAGACCUCCACCGAGUACUCCACAGGUCCCCCUAGCACCCGGGGGGGCCAGGGUGAGACAGAGGGUUUCCCAUCGCUCCACACAGAGGACACUACAAUCCUUGGCCUGGGUCUAACCACUGCUCCCCCAAUGCUACGAGACAGUGCCACCGCCCUGGAUGACUCCCUGUCCCGGUUCCUCUACAGCCAGCCUCCCUUCAUCCCCAAAACUCAGCGACCGGCGGUGACCACAGAGGUCCUGGUGUCCAUCACACCUGUUACCGUGACAAUGAAGUCACAGGUCACCGAGGAGGAGCCCUACAGACUUACCACGGCAACCAGCACCACACCAACCCAGCCUCUGGCUACGACGCGGAUGGUUCAGCCCAGUACCGCCGACUCCAUUGAGGCCCAGACUCAGCCCACCAUCAUCCCUACCACCACUACCACUGAGAUUACCCUGGGUCUCCAGACCUCUGCUUCCACCCCCCAGCCACCGGGCACCACACAGACUCAGACCCAAGGGCCCUCAAUGGGGGUGAGCUCCACCGACGUCACCACCUUGCACCUGGAGACCAGCACGGCCACAACCACUACAGCCGCCUCCUCCUACAGUCACAGCGUCCCCACCAGGAACACAGUGGAACUACACACUACAGGGAAACACACUGACAGGGGAACCACUGAGAUAGAAGUGACCACAGCUCCAAUGGACAUCAAAUCUACACCACAAACCCCAGGUUUGUCAACACAGUAUAUCUUUCAAUGCUUUGAUUCUUCUUAAAGUUAGUUUUGCCUUGAAUUGAGCUGGAAAAGUGAAAUGAAGAUCCCAAAACCUAAUGACUGUUGUUUGGAACAAUUAAGAAAUCGUAAGCAACUAUGAACUGCAUUGAUAAGAGAUACAGUACGUCAGUCUGAAUCCUGCUCUCUUCUUUAGGUAGUGCCUGUGAGCCCAACCCCUGUCUGAAUGGAGGUGGGUGUCUACCCUAUGGAGGGACUGAAUUCACCUGUGACUGUCUGUCAUCAUGGAUAGGACCGACCUGCAAUGAGGGUGAGCUCAACCUACAAUUUCCAGGCAUAUGUUAGUAUGUGUGAGCUACUGGUAAAGUCUAUAUAUUGCUAAUGGUAUUGAAUGUUAUAGUCUGUGUGUGUGUGUGGGGGAGCGGGGUGCGUGUGUGCAUAGUCAGCUGUAUGUUGUGUUGACCUGCUCUCUGUCCUCUGUCCUCUGUCCUCUGUCUGUUGUGCUGUGUUGGUUCAGAUGUGGAUGAGUGUGAGAGUGGCUCGGGCCCCUGUCCCAGUGACUCUACGUGUGUUAACACCAGGGGCUCCUUCAGCUGUGAGUGUCCCCUGGGUCUGGACAUGGAGAACGGAAGAGACUGCACACGAGGUACGGCUAAACAAACAGUACAGCCUUUGUUUACAAAGUCUCCUAUGACAAUAAAAAUACAAUAUUUAGGUCCUUAUUUAAUAUACAGUAUAAUAAUAAAUAAUUAUAAUAUAUGCCAUUUAGCAGACAGGUUUAUCCAAAGUGACUUACAGUCAUGCGUGCAUACAUUUUAUGUAUGGGAAUCGAACCCACAACCCUGGUGGUGCAAGUGCCAUGCUGUACCAACUGAGCUAUACAGGACCAGUUUGGAUUAUAAUAAAGUAAGACAGUUGCACUACUAAUCUUACAGCUAAACAUACAUACAAGUACUUUAUUUACAAAGUCUCAUAUCAUAUAAUAAUGAAAAUAUGAACAAUACUUAGGGACUUAUAGAUUAGGUUAUGUUAUUGGGUUAAGGUAUACAGUUGAAGUCGGAAGUUUACAUACACUUAGCUUGGAGUCAUUAAAACUCGUUUUUCAACCACUCCACAAAUUUCUUGUUAACAAACUAUAGUUUGGCAAGUCGGUUAGGACAUCUACAGUGGGGAAAACAAGUAUUUAGUCAGCCACCAAUUGUGCAAGUUCUCCCACUUAAAAAGAUGAGAGAGGCCUGUAAUUUUCAUCAUAGGUACACGUCAACUAUGACAGACAAAUUGAGGAAAAAAAAUCCAGAAAAUCACAUUGUAGGAUUUUUAAUGAAUUUAUUUGCAAAUUAUGGUGGAAAAUUAGUAUUUGGUCACCUACAAACAAGCAAGAUUUCUGGCUCUCACAGACCUGUAACUUCUUCUUUAAGAGGCUCCUCUGUCCUCCACUCGUUACCUGUAUUAAUGGCACCUGUUUGAACUUGUUAUCAGUAUAAAAGACACCUGUCCACAACCUCAAACAGUCACACUCCAAACUCCACUAUGGCCAAGACCAAAGAGCUGUCAAAGGACACCAGAAACAAAAUUGUAGGCUGGGAAGACUGAAUCUGCAAUAGGUAAGCAGCUUGGUUUGAAGAAAUCAACUGUGGGAGCAAUUAUUAGGAAAUGGAAGACAUACAAGACCACUGAUAAUCUCCCUCGAUCUGGGGCUCCAUGCAAGAUCUCACCCCAUGGGGUCAAAAUGAUCACAAGAACGGUGAGCAAAAAUCCCAGAACCACACGGGGGGACCUAGUGAAUGACCUGCAGAGAGCUGGGACCAAAGUAACAAAGCCUACCAUCAGUAACACACUACGCCGCCAGGGACUCAAAUCCUGCAGUGCCAGACGUGUCCCCCUGCUUAAGCCAGUACAUGUCCAGGCCCGUCUGAAGUUUGCUAGAGUGCAUUUGGAUGAUCCAGAAGAGGAUUGGGAGAAUGUCAUAUGGUCAGAUGAAACCAAAAUAUAACUUUUUGGUAAAAACUCAACUCGUCGUGUUUGGAGGACAAAGAAUGCUGAGUUGCAUCCAAAGAACACCAUACCUACUGUGAAGCAUGGGGGUGGAAACAUCAUGCUUUGGGGCUGUUUUUCUGCAAAGGGACCAGGACGACUGAUCCGUGUAAAGGAAAGAAUGAAUGGGGCCAUGUAUCGUGAGAUUUUGAGUGAAAACCUCCUUCCAUCAGCAAGGGCAUUGAAGAUGAAACGUGGCUGGGUCUUUCAGCAUGACAAUGAUCCCAAACACACCGCCCGGGCAACGAAGGAGUGGCUUCGUAAGAAGCAUUUCAAGGUCCUGGAGUGGCCUAGCCAGUCUCCAGAUCUCAAACCCAUAGAAAAUCUUUGGAGGGAGUUGAAAGUCCGUGUUGCCCAGCGACAGCCCCAAAACAUCACUGCUCUAGAGGAGAUCUGCAUGGAGGAAUGGGCCAAAAUACCAGCAACAGUGUGUGAAAACCUUGUGAAGACUUACAGAAAACGUUUGACCUGUGUCAUUGCCAACAAAGGGUAUAUAACAAAGUAUUGAGAAACUUUUGUUAUUGACCAAAUACUUAUUUUCCACCAUAAUUUGCAAAUAAAUUCAUAAAAAAUCCUACAAUGUGAUUUUCUUGGAUUUUUUUUCCCUCAUUUUGUCUGUCAUAGUUGACAUGUACCUAUGAUGAAAAUUACAGGCCUCUCUCAUCUUUUUAAGUGGGAGAACUUGCACAAUUGGUGGCUGACUAAAUACUUUUUCCCCCCACUGUAUUUAUUCAAUAUCAAGCGGGUUACCUAUAUUUCAUUAGAUGAAAGAAACGACUGUAAACUUUACAGACUGUGUCUUGAACCUUAGUUAACCACAGUGUCUGUUUUCCUCUACAGCAAAAACCUUCCUGGGCACGUUCAUUGUCAACGCCCCCCUGAUCUCCAGGAGCGCCACCCUGCAUGAGAUCCAGAGAGAGAUCAACCAGCUGGUAAGGAGGACAGGAACAGGGUGGGAAGUAGGGUUGCAAAGGGAGGGAAUAUUCCCUGUGUAUAUCCCUGAAUAUUCCCUGUAACCAGUAAUUUUAGAAUCUUUCAAGAAUUGUAAACGUUUGCUAAAUUACCGGGAGUUUUGCAACCCUAGUGGGGAGAGAGAAAUUACUAUCACUGAUAUACAGUAUACUGUUGUGUAUUGUGGAUCUGUUGUAGUGAGGCAGCAAACCUGUUCAAACAAGAUAAUAGAUGUAUUAGGAAUGUAAGGAAGGUAUAGUUAAUGUAUUAUAAUUAAUUCAAGAUGAUCAUUGAUAAUCUAUUAAUAACAGUUUAAAUUUUUUUAUUUUAUAGUUGAAUGCCUCACUAUCAAUUCUGCGUGGUUACCGGCGCUCUUCUUUGAGUAAAAAGUAAGUUUCUUCUUCCCCUGUACGAAUGGCUUUGCACUUACCAAUUUACUCGGAAUGCAUGACAACAAGCCAUACUCUCUUGGUUCUUGUGUAUUUUGUAUGUAAAGUUUCAUUUAAAAAAACAAGCAGGACCAUAUAUUUAAAAUGCCUUUAUUGUAAUGAAUGUUCAAUAGAACAAAAACUUUACAACUCUGACGCUUUUCGGCAGGACCAUCGUGUGUUGUGAUUUUAAAUGGACUUCAAAUCAAGUUUGCUGUGAUGUGUGUGUUCCAGAGGGAAGGACGGGGUUCGUAUCUCUGCUGUCAACAUGUUCUCUAUCUCUACUGAUGUGACCAGCUCUGAGGUCUACCACAUCAUACAGAUGUCUCUGAACAACUGUAACAGCACCGCUGGACACUGCAGAGUGGUGGUCACUCACCAGCUCUCCUAUCAUGGUACAGCACUCUCUACCUCCCUCCGUCCUCUCUCUUUCACCCUCUGCUUCAUGAGCCAUCCUCACCUCUUUCCCCUUAACACCAGUCUUAAAGGGAUCCUAAUUUCAAAAUGACAUACUUGUUUUGUUACUUUGUAAGCAGUCUGUGGGGACAAGGGCAGAAUGCAAUUCAUGAUUUGGGUUUGUGUACGCAGCCACUGCCACUGCCACCAUCUGCUAACUUAAGCCUUUUCUAACCAUAAAACAAUGGAAGUCAAUGUACAACAUUAGCAUGUUUUAAAUUUCAUACCUGACCCUGUUACAACCAUCCUUACCACACCCCUCUCUCCUCUCUCUGUCCCUCAGUUGAGAGUCUGUGUCUGGCCCAGAAUACCCAGUGUCACCCUGAGCGUUCUUUUUGUACCGACUCCAAUGGGACAGCCUACUGCCAGUGUCAACCAGGGUACUUCAAACUCAACCCUGAGGAUCAGUCCUGCAUAGGUGAGGCCUGGGUCUGGGAGAGGGUGGAGGGAGAGGAUGGGCCUCAGUCCUGCAUAGGUGGGGCCUAGAAGGGUGGAGCGAGCAGAUGUUAGAGCACACCAUAGCGAAACGUUUAGCAACGCAAAACAAAAACAAGUGUUUCUUAUUGACAUGUUCAGGUAGGCCCUCCCCCCCUGUUUCAGUAUUCACUUUGGUGCCAAGUGAAUGUAACCCUGGGUCAAUCUUAUGUCAAAUUCACUUUAGUAUUUUUAUUUCAUUGUAGCAAGCAGUGUAUUGAAAAGAAUGCAUUAUAUAACUGAAACGUUGUUGUUUUGAAAUGAUUGUAAAAUAACAUUCCUUAUCUUACAGAAUGUGGUGAUGGUCUGAAACGGGUCAAUGGAACCUGUGUCAGGUAAGCAAUGAGAACUCUAAUCAUUUAAUCCAUUGGACCAUUCUGUUAAUUCAUGUUUUGGUCUUUUAUUUGGUUGUUUAUAUCUUUCAGGUGCACAUUUGGAUUUGGAGGAUUCAACUGUGGAAAUUGUAAGUAGGAGAGUUUAAUAACCUAAAUAAUCAUUUAAAAAGUGUGAGAAAAAGAUACAAUUGAGAAUCAAGACAACAUAAUCAUUUAAAGGUAUACUUCAGGAUUUAUCUACUUCCCCAGAGUCAGAUGAACCAUAGCCACGGGAAGUAGGGGUGCUUAGGGUGCUGCAGCACCCCCUGAAAAAUCAGAAUGAAAAAAUUAAGUUUUUUGUUUUGUUUUUCUUCAAAAAAGUAGUGCACUGGGCAAAGUAGCGCGGGGCAAUACAUAUUUUUUUUUGCACUCACAAUCAAAAUGUAGCUCCAGAGCCCUAUACUACGAAUCAGGUUUCAGGAGUUAGCGAGCAAACUUUGGUCAACUCUGAGUUCAACUCUGGAUUACCGGUAUCACGUUAGUGGCUCACCUUUUAGCCAGGUACAUUUUUAUGGCAACGAAUCCUUCAGAACUAACCUGCUGCGGGACAAGCUAACUCAAGGCUAACUCCAUUUAUCCUGAAGAAGCGUCUGAGCCACGAGUUUAGGACCAAUUAAAUCAGAUACCCUCCCUCUCGCAAAGAUUGUACCAUCAUCCCUUGCAUUUGAGGAAGAUGACUGUUAAAUAUUUUAAUAAUCAAAUGUAUUUUUUUGUUAGUAAUGACAGCAUUUGCGUUCCAAUCUUUACGUUUUUCACGCGAUUGUAUUUUGAAAUCAAGACUGGCAGCCAUUGCUAGUGUAACCAUGAGUUUAACUGUCAAAUUGCCAGGGUUAACGAUAAUAAAUAAAAUAAAGACAGCUCUUCUAAAAGCCUAUUUCAUACCAUAGCCUGCUGAAUUUGAAAAAUAACUUUUCUGUCAUUUUGAUUUGGGCACAAAUGAAUGAAAAUGUGGCAGUGACUCACCCAUGGAUUGAUGUUUCAGCGUUGUCUCAAUGAAGAGUUCUUCGGCGUUCGACUAGCCAUAUGGGACAUACACGCGUAGUUACAAGCCUGCUAGAGUUAGGGGCAGGCAGACGAGCAAUGUCCACCGUCAUAGUACGGAUUAAACCUGAGCUGGAAUGUGAAGCUGGCUAGCUGUAUAAAAGCCUGAGUAGAUCUAACUUGCUUCGUAGUACACCACUCAGACCUCCAGUUUAUUCAUAAUGUUUUGUGUUUCUAAUAGUCUACAAGCUGAUAGCUGUGGUGGUAUCGCCAGCAGGGGGUGCCCUACUCCUUAUUCUCAUCAUCGCCCUCAUUGUCACCUGCUGCAAGUAAGACUCAAUGACACUGGUACUGUUGUUACCGUCUAAUAACACAAUAAUAUAAUUACAAAACCUAAUUUCUUAUUCUCAGUCCAUGUUGUAUUAUAUUGAGCAAACUAAUAAUAUCUCAAUUAGAAAAACAUUAUUGUCCACACAAUUUGGAAAUAACUGUUAUAAGUGUUAAUAAUCAUGUAAUAACGCAAUAAUAACAUGCAAAUGUUUUACUCAACUCAGUCAAUGUGCUGCCAUUUAAUUAAUAUUUGUCUGUCUGUCUGUCUGUAUCUCUUUACAGGAAAGACAAGAAUGACAUCAAUAAGAUUAUUUUCAAGAGCAGAGAUUUUCAGAUGUCGCCAUACGCAGAGUUCCCGAAGAGUAACCGUGUUUCUAUGGAGUGGGGGAGGGAGACCAUCGAGAUGCAGGAGAACGGUAGCACCAAGAACCUGCUACAGAUGACAGACAUCUACUACUCGGUACGUAUAGAAACUACUACUCUGUACAUAUAGAAACUACUACUCUGUACAUAUAGAAACUACUACUCAGUACGUAUAGAAACUUCUACUCUGUACAUAUAGAAACUACUACUCAGUAUGUGUAGAAACUACUACUCAGUACGUAUAGAAUCUUCUACUCUGUACAUAUAGAAACUCCUACUCUGUACAUAUAGAAACUACUACUCAGUACGUAUAGAAACUUCUACUCUGUACAUAUAGAAACUUCUACUCAGUAUGUGUAGAAACUACUACUCAGUACGUAUAGAAACUACUAAUAUGUACAUAUAGAAACUACUACUCAGUCCGUAUAGAAACUACUACUCAGUAUGUGUAGAAACUACUACUCAGUCCGUAUAGAAACUUCUACUCUGUACAUAUAGAAACUACUACUCAGUAUGUGUAGAAACUACUACUCAGUACGUAUAGAAACUACUAAUAUGUACAUAUAGAAACUACUACUCAGUCCGUAUAGAAACUACUACUCAGUAUUUGUAGAAGCUACUACUCAGUCCGUAUAGAAACUUCUACUCUGUACAUAUAGAAACUACUACUCAGUAUGUGUAGAAGCUACUACUCUGUACAUAUAGAAACUACUACUCAGUACAUAUAGAAACUACUACUCAGUACGUAUAGAAACUCCUGCUCUGUACAUAUGGAAACUACAACUCAGUAUGUGUAGAAACUACUACUCAGUACGUAUAGAAACUACUACUCUGUACAUAUAGAAACUACUACUCUGUACAUAUAGAAACUACUACUCAGUAUGUAUAGAAACUUCUACUCUGUACAUAUAGAAACUACUACUCAGUACGUAUAGAAACUUCUACUCUGUACAUAUAGAAACUACUACUCAGUACGUAUAGAAACUUCUACUCUGUACAUAUAGAAACAACUACUCAGUACGUAUAGAAACUACUACUCUGUACAUAUAGAAACUACUACACAACAAAAUGUUAAUUAAGCAAUAAGGCCCGGGGGGGUGUGGUAUAUUUAAGCAAUAAGGCCAGAGGAGGUGUGGUAUAUGGCCAAUAUACCACGGCUAAGGGCUGCGGAGUGCCUGGACACAGCCCUUAGCUGUGGUAUAUUGGCCAUAUACCACAAACCCCUGAGGUGCCUUAUUGCUAUUAUAAACUGGUUACCAACGUAAUUAGAGCAAUACAAAUAAAUGUUUUGUCAUACCCAUGGUAUACAGUCUGAUAUACCACGGCUGUCAGCUAAUCAUUGGCUGAUAGCCGUGGUAUAUCAGACCGUAUACCACAGGUAUGACAAAACAUGUAUUUUUACUGCUCUAAUUAUGUUGGUAAACAGUUUAUAAUAGCAAUAAGGCACCUCGGGGGCUUGUGAUAUAUCGCCAAUAUACCAUGGUUAAGGGCUGUGUCCAGGCACUCCAUCAUACCCAUGGUAUAUUGUCUGAUAUACCAUGGCUUUCAGCCAAUCAGCAUCCAGGACCCAAACCAGGCGGUUUAUAAUAAGACAAACAUAUGACAUUUCUCCAGAAAACAAUAGACAAACCAAUUAGACAGAAGGGCCACUACAUUUCUUAUUUUUGCUCCACCACAGCAGGUUAGGAUUAGCAUACGCCUCCCUCUCUCUCUUUCUCUCUCUCUCUCUCUCUCUCUCCUUCCUCCGCUGUUGACACUGACCACCUAAUCUAAUUUUCCUGUGUUGCAGCCUGCUUUGCGUAACUCUGACCUGGAGCGUAACGGCCUCUACCCGUUCUCCGGCCUGCCGGGCUCCCGUCACUCCUGCAUCUACCCCGCUCAGUGGAACCCUUCCUUCAUCAGCGACGACUCACGACGCCGGGACUACUUCUGACGCCCAGCUACUCCACCUCUGCCUCUGCCUGGCCAGCCAAC